AUUGAGGUCGCUGUGGACAAGGACAAGAAGGAUGUCAAUGAGUUCCUGCGAAAGGGCAGGUUCUGGAAGUACUCUGAGAUUGUCUCUAUCUCCCAAUCCCUGUAGCAGUUCAAUCCUUUCUUCUUGGGGCCGUUUACAUGACGAUGGCUUUUUGGGGCCUGAAAAACUGUUUGCCGUUAUAGUCUCCGUGUGAACGUACACAAACGAGAAUCUGUGAAAACGAUGAUGUCAUGCGUGUGAGUACUUCAGAACUACAGUGGUGGACUACAGGACUGUGUUUGUGCUUCUCCAGCAAAGUGUAGAUUUACUGCAACACUACUACGACCAGCAGAUUUGUUACAUACCACACAUUAUUAACCCACAUCUACGCCAACGAAGAGUCUUCAAAAUCUUAUAUUUAUCUUCGUAAUUGUCUGUUUUGGAGCAUCCUUUUAUUGCUAAUAAAAUAUAGAAAGCAGACUGACUGCCAGUGUCUCACUAUUUGAUUUGUAUUGGCUGAUUUUGUUCCAUUUUGGUACAAUGAUGGUCAAUUAUUAUUACUUAAAGAUGCACUAUUUAGAUUUUUUUUCAGUGUUGAAAAAUGAACAAGCUUUGUUAACAGAAUUCUGACAUUGAGCACAAGAAAAGCUAAAACUUUUCUUGUAUAUGUUUAUAGGGCGGUCUUGUCCGGAUCGAUAUGGCGGAUAGAUGCUUAUAUGAACAGGCGCGUAGUGUUUCUUUACAAAGUGUCGCCAACUACUGGCCUGGCAUGCAUAAUACAGCGUUUUUGGUCGUUUUCACGGAUCUGUGUGAACGGGGAAUGUUUUGACAACGUUGUCGUGUAAGCAUACCCUUUGUGUGAGAGAGGAGACAAACUCUUUAGCAUUUUAUUGCAAACACUCUCACUUUCUACCCUGUACUUCACACCCCACCCCUUCAGGUGUGAAUGGGGCUGGCUGGGAGUUGAACAAGACAUUCAACAUAAAAUGAAAUGAGCCUGGAAAAAAAAUAGAAAAACAUAGUUAAUGUGAUCAGGAUGAUUAAAGAGCUGUAGAAGAGAGGGAAUGUGGUCAUGGACUUGCCCAGUCAGCUAGAAGAUGUGGGUGCAGAGGAUCCUGCACAGUCCCCAAGCCAGCCGGUGGCCACAGAACCCAAGCAGUCUCCCCAGCACACGUGCAGGAAGAGGAUGCGGGCAGAGACUCACGUGCGGGUUCUGAUGGAGAAAAUGGGCUUAAAGCAAAAGCAUUCCCUCUGCCGUCCUCUGCUGAGUGACUUCAUCUGUCACCUGGAGACCAACUUGUACAAAGAAAGUUUCAGACAGAAGGUGGAACAUGUGGCAAGGUUUUUGCACUUCAUGGAUCCCACUGCUCCCUCUCUGGAGUUUGUGCGUCAGUGUGAGCGAAUACAAGAGUACGUCAGAAAGCUGACAGUAAUCAAGGUCAGCAGGAACACUGUGCGGAACUACUUAAACAGCAUCAAAAGGUUCCUGAAGUAUCACGCGGAGAACACAGACCUCUCUUUUCGGGAUAAAGAUCUCUAUGAUGACAGUGUGGCUUGCAUCCACUUCCUGAGAUAUCUGCAGUCAUCCCACACAAAGAAAGUCAGCACGGAUAUCACUAGCAAUAGUUCACAUAGGUUCUUUGUGAUCAUAGACGUGGCUAAGAACGACUUCCUGGGGGUCAUCGGGAAGCUGAUCGGCCCCGACCGUAUUUCGGCCGAGUUCCUGACCAAACACGAACAAGUUAUGGUGCUCUAUUACCUGGAGGCCAUCCUGAUCCUAAAACAACUGCAACGGCCUGCGGUGGUGUCCGAAUGGGUGUGUCGGACACAGCGCGAGGACGGGUACGUCACGGUGAUGGUAAAAGACAACGUCGCUGUGAUGCAUGUGACUGUGGUCAUUCUUACACUGGAGGAGGAAAUGUGGUUCGACACGUAUUACACAGAGGUGCGUCCGGUGAUGCUGGGCAGGCAGAAGGGCUGGGGAGAGAGACUAUGAGGAGAGAUUUUUCAUCUCCUCCGCUGGAAAACCCGUCUACUUGCCCUCCUCUGAUCUUCUACGCCUCCAUCGACUGUACAACCUUCCCACGGUCACCAGUAUGAUGGCCAUGUGUGCGCUGGAGCAGAGCAACAUGGUUACGGAUUACCUUAAACACUGGGCAGUGGCCUCUGAGAAACACAGCAGGAUGAAGGAAUGCUGUAAUACACUGGCGGCUGUCAAGCUGCUGGAGGAGUUGUCCAACAAAAGACAAACUAGAACUAGUAAAAGUGGCAUUGGCACGAAGAUGGACAAGCAGUCUGCUUAUGACCUCUUGUUGCAGACGCACCCAGUGACCCUGCACGGGGCGCCGCCUAGCAGGGCCCAGCGGGUAUCACUGACAGGAACCUGCGAGAGGUACUGUUAUGAACGGUGGUGUGGGGAACAGCUGGAGCUCCGCAAGCAGCAUGUUAUUUCCCUCAGUAGCCAGGAUUGUAUCUUGGAUCAAAAAGCAGGGCUGGAGGAAGAACAGACCAGAUGCUUCGAGAGUAUUAGCAAGCUGGAUGCCUCCUGAAGGCGUGGACACCUCUCUGGACAGCCCUGUGAUCCGGAAGAUGGUCCGGAGACAGAACUGGAAGGGGCUGCUGGUGAUGGAGAUUGAAGGCAAGGGAAGACGUGUCGUCACCACCAGGCCCUUUGUGAAUGGAGAGGUGGUCUGUGAUUACCACGGUCAGCUGGUCAGCAGGCAGGUGGGGUUGAGGAUACAUGCCUCCAUGUCGGAGGGAGAGAGUAGAUACAUGUUCUUCUACACUGACAGCCACGGACAUGCAUGCAUCGAUGCACACGAACGGUGCGAGUGUCACCCGGACCAGGUGAUGUUUGGCAGGCUCAUUAGACAUGCUGCUAAAAAGAGAAAUCUGCAUCCUAGACUUUUUGUUGCUGAAGGGAAGGACGUCAUAAUUAAAUAUUCAAUAUUAAAUAUUAAAUAUACUGAAAGCAACCCCAAACACUAAAUAAAUAAUUUUUAUCUGCAAUUAUUUUCUUGGAUUGACUAAUUAUAUAUACUAAUUAUAAAUAAAUAGCUACAUUUUCUGAUAUAUAUAUAUUAGUGUGUGUAUGUAUAUAAAAUGUGCCUUAGCUAUCUGUUGAGUGCUAGCGAAUUCAGAUAGCUCAAUAACAAUUGAAAUUUGCAUUGUUCAGUAAUAUGAGUAUGGUGGCUUAAUAGAUUAGUGCAGUGGUUUUCAAAGUGGGGGCCGCCAGGGGGCGCCUGGGGGGCCUCAUCAAUUUGGUGUGAAAAAUAAAUACAUGAUUUUCUCUUUCUCACUCUGACACACACUCACACACAAUCAAUUCCUAAUGUAAUGUAAAGAUGUAAGAUGUAAUUAUUAAUUUAAAAAAAAGGGAUAUAUUCAGAAGUCUGUAUUUUUAAUGUGUUUUAAAGACAUCUUGCAAAAGGGGGGCCUCGGUCAAAUGUUAAUGCCAUUUGGGGGGCCUUGCCCUGGAAAAGUUUGGGAACCCCUGGAUUAGUGCCACUCUCAAACACUGGUAGCGUGGGGCGAGGGAUGCCGUACGCUGCUGCCAUUAAAAGUUCUGUUUUGGGUUGAGGCAAGUAACCAGCUUGGGGAAUAGGUGGUAGUGGAUAGGGGUGAAGACAGCCGGUUGUGUUAGAAGACGCUAUCACCCUCUGAUGAGUUGCUGGAAAGGACUGAGUCUGACUGAUAGGUUGAGCUACCUGCCCUGGUAACAAGGUAUUCACAUUUGAGAUUGAUGUAAUGGUUGUAACAGGAGGUACAGUUUGUGACAUCUGUGUGUGGUGUCUCAAAUUGGGUUGUUGCUGGUUGCAUGGAGUUAAAUUGAGGUAGUGUCCUUGAGACUGAGCCAGCCUACUGUGGGACAGGUGCGAUGUUCUCCACAGAAUAUGCGACUUGAGACAUCCCUUGGAUUUGAGUGACUGCACACAGGGACAAUGACGCUGUGGGAACUGGUACUAGUGUAGGUAUAGUAGCUUGUAACGCCAACUGAGAGGUUUGAUUGUUGACUGAACUGUGCGUCUCUUAAUGUGCUCUGUGCUUCUGGAGCAGUCUGUAUGGCUAGCAUUAUUGAGGAUGACGGGCAGGGUAACUGUUGAGAUAUAGGGAAGUGGGCUGAGCUGGCAUGGAGAGACUGCGAUGGUGGCCGAGUUGUGUCUGGUGAUGCUUGAGUCACUGGAGUAGUCACAUUUGUAUCGUUGCUAAGCAGCGAACUGACCAGUUUGGCCAGUUUAAGACCAGAUUCUGCUCUUUUCAGCUUGUGCUGUCUGUAUAACUGGUUAGAUAAGGCCUUCUUUGCCAUGAGAGCUUCUUCCUAAGCAGUUGGAGCCUCUUUAGCUUGAGUUUGUAGUCUCUGAUAUUCUAUUUCUGCCAGCAUGUCCUCCUCCAUUUGUUGGAGGAGGUCGUUGAACUGCCACGAUUUUAUUUUCUCCAGUAUGGCUGCCUGUCCACUUGUGAAUACAGAUGCACCAUGAACACAAGAGAUAAUGGAAGGAUGAGUGGAUUUAGAAUGAGAGCUGGCUUCACUAUGGCGCGUUUUCCUCGACUGACUCUUGUGCUGGCUGUGACAGCGGGAAGAAGCAACUGGAGGAAGGUCCACAACAGGUAGGUAGCCAACCUCAAAGUCACCCAGGUGGGAAGGCAAUUUGUUCUGUCUUCUGGGCCGAUCCAUGGUCUCUGAUGCAUCGCUAGCUGCGUGUUCAUAUUGUUAACUGUUGCUGUAUCCAGCUCGAAGGACCAUUCAACGUGGGAUGUGCACCUUCCCACAUUUGCAUGAGUUAACUGAUUUCAAAGCGGACAAAUAU